AUGGAACCACCAUCUUCACCUUCCUCUAUCAUCACCGCCCCACCUGACUGUAGUGAAACGGCUCGUAAGUUAGCGAAACUGAUUGUGGAAGCCAAGACUUGCCGCCUCGCCCUGCUACACUAUGACAGUGCCUCAGAAUCGAUGGUUGAAUGGUGUUGGCCUGCCGAUUGUGAGGGAAGGAAGGUUCCGCCAUCCAACCUAGAGAAGCACCACAAAGAAUUCGAUUUUCGAUUUCCAUGCUGCGUAUGCGCUGAUGGCGGUGGGAGAGGUGCAUACGUAGAGGUGGCAGUGUACCCUUGGUGGAAUAAUACCACAAACAGCAAUUUUUGGACUGCGAGAUGUGCCUCUAAUAAAUGCGGAUACGAAGUAAAAAUGGACAUGUACUGCCAGCUGGCGCCUUUAGCUGCCUUCCCGUACCCACGACGAGCGAUGAAGAACAGCGAGUCUCUCCUGUUCGACUAG